CUAAAAUUAAAUUCUUUCAGUAUACUUUCUUUCGUCGUCGAUUCACAGUUCUGUAUUCUAAAACGUAUUCAUCGUAUGCCAGGAGCUAAUUCGAAUGUGAGAUAAAAGUAUACAACGCGGCGGAAGAAAAUGCGAAUGAAUAGCCGGUCGGGAACGAACGAUACACACAGCAGCCCACGACCGUUCGUUGCCCACGCUGUACACUGUGUUCAUACGCGGGUUUCGCGUUCGCGUAUGUUCCAGACUCUCCACACACUUCAUCGUGAGUUUCGUUCGGCCCGUUGGCCAAGAACAGAGAUCGAGUCGCGUUAGGAUAUUCGGAAAACACGAAAUAUUAAUAAAAAAAAAAGUUUUUUUUCUCUUAACCUCAAAAUAAGGGAGGGAAAACAGAUUUCGCGAUGUUGAUUCGUAAUUUUUUCAUCAGUUAUUUGUUUUUCUACCUCGUCAGUUGUUCGGUUUCCUUCAAAUCACCGCAAUCCGCGCUUGUAAUCGGAUUCGAAAAAUCUUACGAACAAUCCCUGCUCGCCCACACACUUUUCCAACAAGGCAUCGAGUCCACACUCAUCGUUACCGCCGGUGCACAUCUGUACGAAAAUCUGCAGGGCAUCGAAGUCUUGAAAUUGAACACAAAUGAUAAUCCCUCGGCUGAUAAAGCAGCUCUCAAUGCUUGCGAAAAUUUAUUGACGGAUGAAAAUAUUCUCAAAAGAGUUCGAGAGAUUCAACCGACCUUCGUCAUCUUCCCAGCACUCAGACACGACGCUUGUUUGCUGCCAUGGGUUCAGUUCAUCAAUUCCAUUCCGGUUAUCGCGACCUAUGGCCCCGAAGAAGAUUUGUACUCGGUGCAGCGAACUUCGAUUGCUCUGCCGAUUCACACGGGCGGCCUCUGGGCAGGAUUUUGGGCGAACGCUGACUCGAGCUCGAUUAUCGCCAACACGAACAAUGCCUACGUGACUCCAGCUCUGAAAUUGAUCAAGGAACGUUUACCGGAAUCGGAAAUCGACUUUGAUAAGCUUUACUCCAAAGUCGAUCUCAUUCUGAGCUCGAGCGAUCCGAUUUUGCGUUCAGAUUUUGCACAGCUAGGACAACAACCCGUCCGUAUUGGUUGUCACCACUGCCGAGGCGCUCAUCCCCUGCCUCCGGCGUUGCAGAAAGAAUUGGUUGAAUUUCGCCUGGGAACUGUAGUUGCGACCCUCGACGAAAGUUUCGCUCCGAUCAUCGAAGAAUUAGCUCGAAAUUUGCCUCAAGGUAGGCAAGGCUUGGCGAUAGCUUGGAAAAAUUCCGAUGUCAAGCUCGAGGAGGAAAAGAAGCCCGAAAAUUUAUUUGUUCAUGGUGAAGUCGAUCGACAAGAUUUAAUAGGAUACGCGAGAACGAGAGUUCUCUUGAGUCAUUGUCCAGAGUCCGAGCUUCUCGAAGCGGUGUUCCACGGAACCCCGAUAAUAUGUUUCCCACGAGAUUUUUACGAGCGCUCGAACGAGAAGCAGGCGAUAGAAUUGGGAUUUGCGAGUCCGAGGAGCGACGGGACGACGAGUAUCAACGCGAUUGUCACGGCCGUAGAGCUCGUCCACAAGUCAACAGGUUAUCGAGAGGUGGCGAGAAGUUUUUCCUCCAUAAUUCGUGACAGACCAUUGCCCGCUUCGGAUAGUCUCGUUUAUUGGCUCGGCUACGUGGCGAGGAAUGCUGAGAGGCCGAUAAAACCGCCUGUUCUGAGAGCCAAUGAGAUUCGAACAUUGAUCGGAGAUUCCGAGCUUUUGUCGAGUUUUAUUAUCGGUAUUAUUAUCGGUGCGAUUCUCACAUUGACUGCGAUGUUCGCCUGGUUCAAAUCGAAGAGCAUUCAGAAGCACAACCGCAAGGAAAAAAGGUGUUUCGGUUCGUUAGAAACUCUCAAAGCUCAGUCAAUUCUGUCGAUGAGUGAAAAAAGAUAAAGGUCGAUGGGCUUUGUUACAACGGGUCAAGUGUCCUCUUCGUUGUCUCAUUUAUUCCAGUUAUACGGCAUCGGGUUAUUCCCGAUUCUCUUACGCGGUGAGGUGUACUAAUAAAAUACUGUUAACUAAGAAAGAAACGAAUCUACGCGAGAAAUAUCAUUACGUCAGUCCUUUUUCUAUAAAUAUUUACACAUUCAUUAUUCGUUAUCUUAUAUUAUAGAUAUUCGUGAAUAGUAAGAAAAAGGAAGAAGGGGAUUUUUAUGUACAUUAUCAUUGGCGGAUCGGUGCUCGCGAUAGUAGAAAAAAUUGUUAAACAAUCGUCGAAUCCUCGACGCUACUCGAUUCUAAAAAGCUUCUCUUCUUCCAGGGCACAUGAAAAAUCUUCGUGAAAAACAUCGGAGACGAAAUGUCAAUUCGAUCACACUUUUUUCUUCGUAAUUUUUCACAUUUUGUGUUAUGGCAACACUUCUUCAAUGAUCGAUGCUGCUGAUUUGGAUUUUUCACAGCGAGCUCUCAUUCAUACGAAAAAAAACUGGUUCAAUGUCAACUUUGUCACUGCAGUUCUAUCGCUCAUGAGCUACUGGUAACAAGAUAGUGAAAAAAUCGAUUUUCCUCGGUUCACAGGUAACCAAAUUCUCAAUUGCAGCCUCACUAGUUAUUUCAUUUGAUAAAAAUUUUAGAACUUGUUGGCUCGUUAAAAAUUUGUACGAAUUUGGCUUUCUUUGAAACGUUACAAACGUCGAUCGACGAUCUGUUCUAUUUUUUGUCGCAAAAACAAGUGUGAAAAAUGAGAAUAUCCCAAGACUUUUGUAUUCAUGCAGGAAAGUUAUUGUCGAACCAACGUGUUGUCAUAAAAGUUGUCAGUUGACCAGUUUAUAAUUUAUUGUUUAAAAAGUGAGCUGUUAGCAUAGUAAAAUUAUUAUUACCGAUAACGAACGUUCGUACAAUUUCAGGGUAACUGAACUUUCCAGAUUUUUUUCCCUCACGAUUACCGUUAAUAAUUCUCCCGAAGAAAUGAGUAAGAAAUGUCUAAAUUUAUAAAGAAAUGAUUUUUUCACAAAGCUCCUGCUACGCUGUACGCUGAUGUUCGCAGCAUCGAAAAUUCGACGAUUAAAAAAGUGUUAAUUUGGCAAAAACAUGUGCCUCGAGCUCCACCCUCGAGAUAGUGGACGCGACGUGACAAAUCAGUCUCCAUUUCGAGAGAAAAUGUAAGUUUUUAUCAAAACGUCACUAAUUGUCAUUCUUCAAGGUUCUCGAUAACAAUCGCUGUUCUGCAUCUCGCCUGAAGAUGAUAUGGAAUACAAAUAGGUACAAGAAAAAUCGAUCAACCCAAUUCGGCCAGAGUUCUCCAUUCUGCUUCUCUUUCUUUUCGCUCAACCAAUGCCACUGUCUUUUUGAGACUCCGGGGGCUUCCAGC